GGCCGGUCCCGGCGGCGGGCGCAGGCCGGCGGGCAGAGGCCGCGGCCAUGGGGCCGCCCGAGGAGGUGCGGGCUCGGCUGGAGCGCAGCGGCCAGGGCCACCUGCUGCGCUUCUGGGGCGAGCUGGGCCCGGCGAGGCGACAGGCGCUGCUGGCCGCGCUGCCGCCGGGCCUGGGCGAGCACUGCCGGAUGGCGGUGGCCGCGGCCCGCCCGCAGGAGCCGCCGCCGCGCCGGGCCGCCCGGAUGGAGCCGCUGCCCGCCCGGCUGCUGGGCAGCGCCCACCGCAGCGGCCCCGCCGCGCUGCAGCGCUGGGAGGCGGAAGGAUUGCACCAGAUCUCCCAGAACAAGGUGGCAGUGCUGCUCCUGGCUGGAGGGCAAGGAACUCGCCUGGGAGUGAGCUAUCCCAAGGGCAUGUACGACGUGGGGUUGCCCAGUGACAAGACCUUGUACCAGAUCCAAGCAGAAAGAAUCCGCAAAGUGGAACAGCUUGCUGGGCAGAGACACCACUGCCAGUGUGCCAUCCCCUGGUACAUCAUGACAAGCGAGUUCACACUGGGGCCGACAGAGGAGUUCUUCAUUCAACACAACUACUUCAACUUGGAUAGCUCCAACGUGGUCAUGUUUGAACAGAGGAUGCUGCCUGCUGUCACCUUGGAUGGGAAGGCCAUCUUGGAGGAAAAGGGGAAAAUUGCCAUGGCUCCAGAUGGCAAUGGUGGCUUAUACCGUGCUUUGGUGGAUAAUAAGAUCUUGGAUGACAUGAAGCAACGUGGAAUCCAGUAUGUCCAUGUUUAUGGUGUGGACAAUAUCCUUGUGAAAAUGGCAGAUCCAGUCUUCAUAGGCUUCUGUGUUUCCAAAGGGGCAGACUGUGGUGCAAAGGUGGUGGAGAAGGCCUACCCCACAGAGCCUGUAGGGGUGGUGUGCUGUGUGGAUGGCCUGUACCAGGUGGUGGAGUACAGUGAGAUCAGCCCUGAGACGGCGCAGCAGCAAAGCCCCAGUGGGGAGCUGAUGUACAGUGCUGGCAAUAUCUGCAACCAUUUCUUCACGGUGGAGUUCCUGGAGACAGUGGCCCAGAAAUAUGAGCCGCAGCUGAGGCAUCAUGUAGCCAUAAAGAAGGUGCCCUACAUUGACGAGGAGGGAAAUCUGGUAAAACCCCUAAAACCGAACGGGAUAAAGCUGGAGAAGUUUGUGUUUGAUGUGUUCCAGUUCUCUAAGAAUUUUGUGGCAUUUGAAGUUUUGAGAGAAGAAGAGUUCUCACCACUGAAAAACGCAGACACAGCUGACAAAGACACUCCUAGCACUGCUCGGAGAGCCCUCCUGGCCCAGCACUACCGCUGGGCUCUCAAGGCUGGGGCCAGAUUUCUGGAUGAAAAUGGUUGCAGGAUACCAGAGAAACUCAGUCUCUCAGAAAAUGAAGAUCCUCCGUCUGUGUGUGAGAUUUCUCCGUUAGUGUCUUACUUUGGAGAGGGUCUGGAGACAUACAUGAAGAACAAAGAGUUCCCUUCUCCCUUUGUGCUGGAUGAAAACAAAGCAGAAAUGCUAGGAAAUUCUUGAAGAGGAGGGAGGCCCUUGUCCCCCCAGUCAGAUAUCUGUCAGAUCCUUGCUAAGAAUGGACAUGACUCAGAUACCAGCUAUGAAGUGCAUUAUAACAAACCAAUUUGCUUUGCAGUGUUGGAUCGAUGCCAAGUUCUUGCAGCAGUUGUGUUCAUACACAGAUGUGUGCUCACCAGUUCUGUUUGGUAACUUUGGAGGCAAUGCCUUUUACCUCAGCCUGUUUUGUAGACCUGGAUGUGAUACCUUCCAAGUACCAGGCAGAUUUGGUUUUUCCUGCUUUCUAUGUACACGAGCCAGUCAGGGCCUCUUCAGCUUUGCACUCAAGGAGGUCGAAUCUCUUCAGUGCCUUGUGAGGAAUCUUGUUUGUGCUAGAGGGUUGGGUUGGUUUUCAAUCCUGUGCACAGCUGUAGAAUCAGUUUGAUCUGUCUUUUCCUUAAUCCUGUGCUGAUUAGAAGACCCAGCUGAGCAAACUGCCUCCUCUAAGCAGAGAGUACAGGGGAGUCUGCUGUAGGCAGGGAUGCUGCAGUGCCUAAGUGUUGUUUGAGCUUUGCACUCCAAAGCAGAACAGACUGGUUUGAACAUUGAGACUUGCUAGUGCCAUUCCAAGAAAUCAUGAGUUAAAAUGCAGCUCAGGCUGAUUGCUCUGUACAGCUCUAGUGGCCUUUAAUUGAAAAAGAAACACAAACCCAUACUUCUUACUCCAUACAACCCCCUGCUCUUCCUGUCCAUAACCAACCUCUAUUUCACUUUUCAUCUUCCUGCUUCAUGUAUACCAUAUCCCUCACAGGGGACUCCUGAUGGUAGAAUGUAAUGCUUAAUCCAAACAAGAAUAAAGCCUUAAUCCCAGCAUAACCAAUGUACACAGUGAAACACCAGCCUCUGCUUCUACAGUUUCUGGCCAGCUAGUUUUUCAGCAUUCUUUCACUAAUGAAAUUAUUUAGAUACCUUCCUUUCAAGUAUAUUAUUAACCAUAAUGUAGAGAAAAGUCUCAGCUAAUGAAGGACACUAAUUGCCAGGAUGUAUGUGGCAUGUGAGCUCAGCCCUGGCUCAGGGAUCCCAGGAUGUCCUCAAUCCACAAGUGCUUGUUCCCGUUCAACCUUUGGACUCUGCCCUGGCAACCUCAUGCCAAGGAGCACUUGCCUGCUGCAGAACCUGCACUGGGCUCACUGGACUCAUUCCAGCCCUCAUGGAAGUGCUGCAGGUGCACUGCUGGGUGGCCUUGGCUUGAGGAGCACUCUCUACUUCUCCCCUAAAUCAGUGGUGAGGAACAUGGUGAGGAAGGUGCCUCAUCAGAAAUGUUGUUCCAUGCAUCUGCUUCUACUGAUGCUAUUUUUUUCAGCCUCAAUCUGACAUGAAGCUGUAUUCACAGUGUAGGGAAAGUACAAAAAGGGCUUGGAGAGCACAGGUAGUUUGUAAGUAGGCUCAUGUUUUCUGAAGAAGGCUCCUGAAGCUUAGUGGCAGAGUUUUCAGGUAUAAAGUGUAUCUGCAUGCACAUAAUGAGCCUGGUGCACAUGCAAAGCAGCCAGGGACAGUUCUGAUUACCUCAGUCUGCUGUGCAGCCAGUGGUUCCCUUCUUUAGUAUAAAUUCAGCAUUUGUCCUUGACCAUUCUGUUAUUUUUUUUAGCAGUGUUUGAUGGGUCAUUCCAUUCCUGUCAGUCCAGUUUCAUAGCUGAGGAAAAAUGGUGAUGUAUCUUUGUAACACUCAUAGAAUCAUAGAAUGGGAGGGGUUGGAAGGGACCUUUACAAAUCAUCUAGUCCAACCCCUUGCCGUUGCUUUUGUCCAUCCAGGCACAGGCUCAUUUGAAGCUGCACUGUGCUACUGCCAGAGGAUGUUUCUUUUGCUCUUUCUGAAGUGCCUUCUCGUUUGCAGCCUCAGUUCCUGUGUGCUUUAAUCGUGUGUACACUGGGUUGCUGACAUGAUUUUUAGAGGUUGCUUCCAAGGAGAAGCUGAGUUAGGGUGCUGAAUGCUUUGUCUGUUGGGUUUUUCUGUGUCUUCUCCCAUUUUAAACUGGAACAAAGAAUUUUGAGACAACUUUUUUACAUGAGAAGUAGUUCUGGUGUGUGUUUGGAGAUGGAAAAGUACCUGAAACAAAGGCAGGUCCCACAGUACCUCUUGGACACCUAUGCACUUGUAUAAUAAAGAUGUUCCUGUGCUUUCUA